AUGAUACAAAUCAAGUUACCUGUUCGAGCCUACAAACGGCUAAUCUACUUAGCCUUUGCAUCCAGCUUUCUGUGCUUCCUUGCGCUGCACCUCGCAAUUAGCUAUCAACGAGUUCAUGUGCCUCUCGAGACGCUCGUUGCACUCGAUGGCAGCGGCGGCGGACACACUACCGCCACAGCAUCAGGUGGUUACAUGAGUUUUCGAGGCCUGUUGCAGAAGUCACCGCUAGAGCAACAGCAGUCCCUGUUGCCUUCUGCUGCCUCGCCACAGCUGCUCACUUCCACAUCGGCGGCUGCUGCAGCAUCGAUCAACGGUUCUGCAGAUAACAAAACGAGAACAGCGGCAGCAGCAGCAGCGGCAGCAACUGCAGUGCAAUCGACCAACUCUGUGGUCCAACAGGCAUCGGCGGCGGUGCAGUCAUCAGCUGUGCCCCCUGCCUCGCCCUCUGCAGCAGUUGUUCCUCCCACCAGUGCCCUCAUCAGCAAUCUCAGCAAGGAAGGAGGAGCUGUUCCUGUUGCUGUUCCAACAGUUGUGCAGUCUGUGCAGCAUCAGCACCAGCCUUCCUCGGAGGACAUAUCACAGUACUUUGACAUUGCCCCUCACGUCGACCACUCGCCUUCGCUCAGUGAGGUCCAGCAGUUGAAUGAGCUUGAGCAGCAGGAGCCCCACUUGGCGCUUAACUACUGGCAGAAGGCGAAGAAGUACCCGAAGGCAAAGUUCCUUCUACCUGUAUGGCGCCUACUACGACGACCGGUGGCGAGGCGGACCGCUGCCCANUGGCAGAAGGCGAAGAAGUACCCGAAGGCAAAGGCAGGCGCCACCAACAAAUCCUGUCGAGUGGACUUUCCCAGCCUGUACGAGCUGGAGUUCAACAACAUCUACUGGCAGAAGUUCAACACUGCCAACAGUUCCUUCUACCUGUAUGGCGCCUACUACGACGACCGGUGGCGAGGCGGACCGCUGCCCAUGGUGCGCAUCCUCGCCAUGAUUGACCGCGUCUCUCCGCCGCCCGCCCUUUGUCAGAUCUGGUUCGACCGCAUCAGCGUGCCCAUCAUCUCUCAGGCCACUUACAUCUACGGGUGGUACAACAAGUGGGGCAACUACCACGACGGCUUCCUCCAGCCGUACAUUGUUACCUGUAAGAUUCCGCGCAUCAAGGGCCUGCCCAAGGACUUCUACCCCACGUCGGUGUCGCUGGUAGAAAACCGCUGCCACAAGGCGACCAACAACUUGCGCAUCCUCAAUGACCGCCCUCCGGUGAAACAGCAGUUUGCCGUGUGCGUCAAGGGGCUCGACUUUCUCCACGAGGACCUCAGUGUCCGUCUGGUGGAGUGGAUUGAGCUGCUGCGCCUGCUGGGCGCCAAUAAAAUCUUCCUCUACGAGCUGGAGAUUCACCCAAACAUCAGCAAAGUGCUGCAGCACUACCAACAGGACGGCAUUGUCGAGCUGACGAAGAUCACCCUGCCAGGCAAUCAGCCCAACCUGCCCGGCUUUCGGCACCUUUACCUGAAAAACAAACUGACCAACAAGCGGCAGAAUGAGCUCAUUCCCUACAACGACUGUUUGUACCGAAAUCUGUACCGUUUCGAGUACAUUGCCCUGUUGGACAUUGAUGAGAUCAUCAUGCCGCUGGGCGGACAGGCCAACUGGUCGGAGCUGAUGGCGGAGGUGCAGCGGCUGUCGCUGCUGGAGAAGAACUACACCCGAGCGAGCUACAAUGUACGGAACGUCUACUUCCUCGACGACCUCGGCCUGGGCGAGGAGCAGCUGGCGCACAUGGCGCACGAGGCGGGCAUUCCCCGGUACCUGCACAUGCUGCAGCACGUCUACCGCUCGCAGAACUACACCAAACCGGGGCAGUACGUGAAGUGCUUCCACAACACUGAACGCGCCGUCUCGCUGCACAAUCACUUUCCGCUGAACUGCUUCGGCACCUGCACUACUUACUCCAUUCCGGUGGAGCUGGCCCACCUGCAGCACUACCGCAAGGACUGCGUCGGGCCGCUGAAGAAGAGCUGCAAGGAGUUUCGCACCUACACGACGCGCGACACCACCAUCUUCAAGUAUAAGGACCCACUGAUCUCCAGCACGACGGCGGUGCUCAAGAAGCUGGGCUUCUUUGAUGGGCUUGCCGCUGCCGAGUCGGCGGCCUCCGCACAUCAGCAGUUGUAG